GACAAAUUAGCUGUCCUAAAGUGCUAGCUGUAAAAGCUCUCGACUAACUCAUCGCUAGCUAGCCAGCUAGUACAGCGGGUUACUGUUUAUAGUAUUAGAUUAACCCUGGAUUACUGGGUGUUUACCUUAGACCAUAGGAAUAAAAUCGUGUUUUUGUGUUUAUUUUAGACGUAUUUAAACAUUCUACGACCACAAACACAGUAGCGUUAGCUCACCGAAGCUCGAUGUAGAGUCACCGUGUUUUAUACAAGAUGCCUUCAGCGAAAGUGCUGAAGAAUACCCAGUACAUAGAGCUGGGUAGUUAUCAGUACUGGCCUGUCCUUGUGCCCAGAGGAAUCAGACUGUACACUUAUGAGCAAGUACCAGGAUUUCUGAGGGAAAAUCCGUACAUCACUGACGGCUACAGAGCUUAUCUCACCUCUAGGUUGUGUAUUAAAAGUCUUUUCAUCCUUUCCAAUGAGACUGUGAACAUCUGGAGUCACCUGCUUGGGUUUUUCCUGUUCUUCUCCCUGGGAGUGUAUGAUAUGGUAGCUGUGCUGCCUAUGGUCGGAGCCUCCAGAGAGGAUUACGUCAUCUACUCUAUAAGCCUCUUCUGCUACCAGGUGUGCAUGCUGUGCUCAGUGGGAUUUCACCUGUUCUGCUGUCAUCGCUCGGAAAAAAACAGCCGGCGCUGGAUGGCACUGGAUUACGCAGGGGUUUCUAUCGGAACGUUGGGCUGCUACGUUCCAGGUGUCUUCUACGCUUUCUACUGCAAUAACUACUGGCGGCAGGUGUAUUUGGUUAUGGUCCUGGCUAUGACACUAGGAGAGUUUUUUGCUCAGAUACACCCCCUUUACUUGACAAAGAAGUGGCAGAAGCUACGUUCUACCAUCUUCUGCUCCGUAGUGGCCUACGGCCUCAUCCCUACCAUCCACUGGAUCUGGCUUAGUGGAGGUUUCAGCUCAGAAAUAGUGCAGGAUUUUAUUCCCAGAGUGCUUAUAAUGUAUCUGCUUGCUGUAGUUGCCUUCAUCUUUUAUGUCUCUAAAGUUCCUGAGCGCUACUUUCCAGGUCAGAUGAACUACGUCGGCUCCAGCCACCAGAUCUGGCACGUAUUGGUGGUGCUCAUGUUUUACUGGUGGCAUCAGUCUGCACUGUUUAUCACUAACUACAGACACAUGCACCCCUGCCCUGUCUACCUCCAGCAUGCUUAGAGCAGAACGACCAGCUCUGAGAAAGCAGCACAACUGGAAUAUAAAUCACACUAGAGCAGUUUUUAUCGUACAGCUUGUUGCAUAGUGAGGUUAUUCCAGGUGAGCUUAAUUAUCACUCCAUUGCUCAAGCUAAUCAUGACUACGGGCCAUUUUCAUCACCAUGAGGGUCUAUAGUGAAUCUCAAAUGUGUUAGCUUGCAUACAUGUUCAAUUUUAUCUGUAAGUAUAGUAGAAGUGCCUAGCGAUUACAUCCGACGUGCUUUAGUUUUAAAGGACCACGCACUACUGUAGAUGAUGAUACAGUAGGAAGUACUUCUACAAAAAACACGACCAUGUAAUGAUGGCUGUAUUCAUCGGUAAAGUCUUAUAUGUGGGCCAUUAUGAAUGAUGAUAGGUGGUGAGAGAACGAUUUUCAUCAGUACUUUUAUUAUAGUUAGGAAAUGAUGAGUCUGUUCCACUGACAUAGAGUGGAAAAGGGGAGAAUAUGCAGGAAAUUCGGUUGUCAGCAAACUACCCAGUGGUAUUUUAGAUAUCAUACCAAAGAUUUAAUGCUGCAACAGUGAAGUCUAGAACUAGAUGUUUUUACAAAUAAAAUAAACAGCUUUUCGUAUGCUGCGAUUUACAGUACAUUGGUGAAAUUGAACCAGGAUCAUUUAAUAUUUGAAGAAAAAAAACGGACUGUGACGCAGUGCAGACUCAUCUGAUGCGAUGCAAAAUGUAUGUUACGUGAGGUUCAUUGUAGCUCUAAAAUGCUGUGGUACAAAAUUUCUUUCUUUCUUUUUUUGACAAGCUAUAAUAGACACUGGGACCUCAAUUAAAAAAAAUAUUUUGUAUUAA